CUCCUCCUCUCUUCUUCCGUUACAAAUCCCUCCCCUGAAUCAAGCUCCUCCUUUCCAUUUUUCAAUUUCUCUCUUCUCUUCUCGAUAUAAACCCAUAUAUCUGCUGCUCUCACCCCUCGCAAGCUCUGCUAACCAAGCAGCAGAAAACAGAGAGAAUUCACAGUGAUUUUACUUGGAACACAUAAAAAAAGAAAAAAUCAUAUUGAUAAUCAUUAAAAAGUAGGAUUGGAGGAAUGAUGGGAGGAGAAGAAGCAGCACCGGUAGUGAUUAGAGAGUACGAUCCCGCGAGGGACGGAGAAGGAGUCGAACAGGUGGAGAGGAGAUGCGAGGUUGGUCCCAGCGGCAAGACCUCUGUCUUCACCGACCUCCUUGGCGACCCUAUUUGCAGGGUCCGCCACUCCCCUGCUUUUCUCAUGCUGGUGGCUCAAAUUGGAGAUGAAAUUGUGGGUAUGAUCCGAGGUUGCAUUAAAACUCUCACUUGUGGCAGAAAGCUCGUCAGAAUCCCAAAACAGAGGAUUUCCCUCCCUGUUUAUACCAAGGCCGCCUAUCUACUUGGCCUGCGCGUUUCCCCUUCUCACAGGCGGAUGGGGAUUGGGUUGAAGCUGGUACGGCGGGCGGAAGAGUGGUUCAGGGAAAACGGCGCGGAGUACGCCUACAUGGCAACAGAAAGCGACAACCUCGCCUCCAUCGGCCUCUUCACCGACAAAUGCGGCUACUCCAAGUUCCGUACGCCUUCCAUCCUCGUCAACCCGGUCCACGCCCACCGGGUCCCCGUAUCUGGCCGGGUCGCCGUCCUCGAGCUCUCCCCGCUCGACGCCGAGAAGCUCUACCGCCGCCGGUUCGCCACCACCGAGUUCUUCCCCCGCGACAUUGAUUCGGUGCUCAACAACGAGCUCAGCCUGGGGACUUUCCUCGCUGUGCCACGUGGAUCGAGCUACGGGGCCCACAUGCCAUGGGCCGGGGUGGAUAAGUUCCUCUCCGACCCACCCGAGUCGUGGGCCGUGAUGAGCGUGUGGAACUGCAAGGACGUGUUCACGCUCGAGGUGCGCGGCGUGUCGCGCGUGAAGAAGGCGCUCGCCCGGACGACGCGGGCGCUGGACAGGGCGCUCCCGUUCCUGAGGCUGCCGUCGUUCCCGGAGCUGUUCCGGCCGUUCGGUUUCCAUUUCAUGUACGGGCUGGGAGGGGAAGGCCCACGCGCGGGGAGGAUGGUGAAGGCGCUGUGCGGGCACGCGCACAACCUGGCGAUGGCGCGUGGCUGCAGGGUGGUGGUGACGGAGGUGGCGAAUCAGGAGCCGCUCAGGUUAGGGAUCCCGCACUGGAAGAUGCUAUCGUGCGACGAGGAUCUGUGGUGUAUUAAGCGGCUCGGGGAAGACUACAGUGACGGCUCCUUUGGCGACUGGACCAAAUCACCGCCUGACACCUCCAUUUUUGUUGACCCUAGGGAGAUCUAAUUGCAACUUUAGGAGGUAAAAUUAGUUAGAGAGAAUCAUGAAGCAUGUAGCCCAAAAGAAAAGAAGGGGAAAAAAAAAUAGAGGAAGAUAUGGUGGUUGCUUUUGGAUGUAGAGAGAAAAAAGGGGGGAAUAUCCUAACUUUAGUUAAAUCCUUUCUUACUAGUGCUAAAUCUGGCUUCAAUUUUGUUCUUCCUCCUUUUUUUCUAUCAUUGUUUGAAAGGGAAGGUCCAAUCAUUUUGAAGGAUAUCGGCAUUUAGUGACUUUAGA